AUGGUCUACACCAUGGAAAUAGACAUCGAUGGCGGCUGCAGAGGUAAUGGAACACCGCAUGCUAUUGGAGCCGCUGCCGCCCAUUUCAAGGUGAUAGGCAGUCAUUACGAGUCCUGGACGAAGCCGCUACCCUCACAUCCUCGACCAACAAACCAACGUGCCGAGAUGGAGGCCAUCAUCCUCGCACUGGACAGGGCCCUAGAGCUGUAUGGAGAGCUUGUCAGACGCCCAGGGCUUGAUGUGACGAUUUACACCGAUUCAACAUACGCGGUUGACUGUAUGACACGAUGGAUUCCCCAGUGGAUCGAUAAUGGCUGGACCACUACUGGGCGCCGACCUGUUGCGAAUAAAGAUCUCCUGGAGCAUGCGUGGUAUCUGAAUAACCAAGUAAGACUGGUUGGAUGCGUGCAAUAUCUCUGGAUUCCGAGGGAGCAAAAUACUAUUGCGGAUAGACUGUGCAAUGAGAACAUGGACAAUCAAGGACGAAUGUGA